UGGCCGCGGUGCUGCCGGGGGCGGCGGGGCGCGGAGCCGGAGGCUCCUCAGCUGCAUGCUACAAGCCCACCAGCCCAGGCCAGAUACUGGAGGACACUGGCUUUCUUUAUCAGGACCACCAGUUGUUUGCUGGCAGGCAUGACAUUUCUCCACUAACAGCUGAAGCUGUCAGUGCUAAAGAAAAAGCUGCCGAGGAAACCCUCUGCACCUUGCACCCUCCAGCCUUCCUCCGGAGCUCAGAGGUGGAGAUGCGAGGCUCGGAGGAGGUGGCAGCCGGCACGGUCCUGCAGCGUCUGAUCCAGGAGCAGCUGAGGUAUGGCAACCCCAGCGAGAACAUGAACCUGCUGGCCAUCCAGCACCAGGCAACGGGCAGCGCCGGCCCCUCCAACAGCACUGCCAGCACUCUCUCUUCCACAGAAAACCUCGCGCCCGAGGACCCACAAAUGGUCCAGCCGUCGGCGCGGCAGGAACCGCAGGGGCAGGAGCACCAGGGGGACGGUGCUGCGAUGGAGAAGCAGCCCCGGGCCGCGCAGCCCCCACACAGCAGCGAGGAGCUCCCCACCUACGAGGAGGCCAAGGCCCAGUCGCAGUAUUUCCGGGGGCAGCCGCCGGCGGGGCCGGGGUUUUAUGUCGCCGGCACCUCUGGCCAGAAGUCCAGGACGGAGGGGAGGCCGACGGUGAGCCGGGCCGGCAGCGGGCAGGCACAUAAGGACGAUGCGCUGAAGGAGCUGAAGCAGGGCCACGUGCGCUCGCUGAGCGAGAGGAUCAUGCAGCUCUCACUGGAGAGGAACGGGGCCAAGCAGCACCCACCUGCCCCGGCAGGCAGCAAGGGGCCGAAGGCCGCCCCGACACCCAGCAAAGGCAUGGACCCGCGAGGCCCGCCGCCCGAGUACCCUUACAAGGCCAAGGUGGCGGCGGCGGUGUCCCCCAGCAGCAAGGCCCCUGAUCAUGGGCUCUUCUAUGGCGAGCAGCACCCGGCAGGGCCGCAGGACGUCCUCAAGGCCUCCUAUGUGGCCCCGCAGCCCUCCAGGACCGAGGUGGCCGUUGUCCGUUACCAGCCGCCCCCAGAGUAUGGGGUGACCAGAGCUAGCUCCCACUUAGCUGCACUAAUUGUGGUAACACAUCACAGUGCAGACUGGCUGUCAGCUGCAUUUGCACAAGUUUAUGGAGCACCUUUUGCAUUCCGACAAUGCCAGCCUCCCUUCCCGCCGCCGCCGGCCCAGCAGCACAGCCCCAUGUCCUCGCAGGCCUCCUCCGCUGCCGGCCCUCUGCUUCCAGGCUCCUUGCCUCCACUGCCAGCCCCCUCCACUGCCCAGCCACCUAUGCCACCUGGCCAGCAGCUGACACCUGACGCCUUCGCCAUCGUGGAGAGGGCGCAGCAGAUGGUGGAGAUGCUCUCCGAGGAGAACCACGUGCUGCGGCAGGAGCUGGAGGGGUACUAUGAGAAGGCAGACAAGCUGCAGAAGUUUGAAAUAGAGAUUCAGAGGAUUUCAGAAGCUUAUGAGGGCCUGGUCAAGACCACCACUAAAAGGGAGUCUCUGGACAAAGCGAUGAGAAACAAACUGGAAGGAGAAAUUAGGAGACUUCAUGAUUUCAACAGGGAUCUCCGUGAACGACUGGAGACAGCCAACAGGCAGCUUGCCAGCAGAGACUUCGAUGGGCAUGAGGAUAAGUCAACAGAGGGCCUUUAUGUCACUCAGAACAAGGAACACUUGAAAGAGAAGGAGAAGCUGGAGAUGGAGCUGGCAGCCAUGCGCUCUGCCAAUGAGGAUCAGCGCAGGCACAUUGAAAUCCUUGACCAGGCCCUAAACAAUGCUCAAGCCAAAGUCAUCAAACUGGAAGAGGAGCUGCGUAGGAAGCAGGCCUAUGUGGAGAAGGUGGAGAAGCUACAACAGGCACUGACACAACUUCAGGCUGCCUGUGAGAAGAGGGAGCAGAUGGAGCGACGGCUGCGCACACGCCUGGAGCGGGAGCUGGACUCACUGCGCAUGCAGCAGAGGCAGGGCAGCUUCCAGCCCAGCAGCCUCCCCGAGUACAAUGCGCCGGCACUGAUGGAGCUGGUGAGGGAGAAGGAGGAGCGGAUCCUGGCCCUGGAAGCCGACAUGACCAAGUGGGAGCAGAAGUACCUGGAGGAGAGCACCAUUAGGCACUUUGCCAUGAAUGCUGCAGCCACGGCUGCAACGGAGAGGGACACCUCGGCCCCCAGCCACUCACACAACGGCAGCUAUGGCGAGAGCACACUGGAGGCACGGGGCUGGCAGGAGGAGGAGGAAAUUGUGCAGGCCAACCGGCGCUGCCAGGACAUGGAGUACACAAUAAAGAAUCUCCAUGCAAAAAUAAUCGAGAAGGAUGCCAUGAUCAAGGUCCUUCAGCAGCGCUCACGGAAGGAUCCCGGCAAAGCCGACAGUGCCAGCCUGCGACCCGCUCGCUCCGUGCCCUCCAUUGCUGCUUCUGCGGGCACACACUCACGCCAGACCUCGCUCACCAACAACCAGAUCACUGAGGAGAAGAAAGAGGAGAAGAUCUGGAAGGGAAGCAUAGGGCUGCUCCUGGGGAAGGAGCACCACGAGCACCCGCCGGGCCCCACGCUGCCUCCCCCUCUGCCCUCCUUGUCAUGUGCACCCGUGCCGGCACCAGCAGCCUCCCACGUGAAGACGGGCAGCAAGGACAACAGCACCCAGACCGACAAAAACACCGAGCUCUUCUGGCCCGCCACCGCCUCCUUCCCCGGCCGUGGCCGGCUGGGCACCACCCCGACACACAGCCCGGUACCACGGCCCGCGGGGGCACGGCCAGCCGGGGAGAAACUGGAGAACUCCAGCCACGGAAAGCUGCCCGACAGCAAAGGCAGGGUGAGCAGCUUGCUCCACAAGCCUGAAUUUCCAGAUACAGAUAUGAUGGAAGUCCUCAUCUGAGCAGAGGAUGGUGUCUGGGCUUUUGUGGGCAUACAUCCACGUCCAAGGACAUUGUUGGUGUGCCAACCUUAAAAACUGACUCUGAGAAUUUGAAGAAGGAAGGAGAAAGUUUGUGCCUGAAUUGAAGCUUGAGUCUGUUACACAGAGACUUGGGACCGGGCGAGAGAUAAAGAGGACCCAAGAGGAGAGAUGAGAUGAGAUGAGUGUUCAGGACUUUCUGAGUGGAAGGGGACUUUGAAAACCGAAGGUGGCCCGAGAAGAUGGUCAUUGAGGAAAGAGGAAACUGCAUUUUCUGGUGGAGAAGGAAGAUUACAGACUGGGUGCACAGGGUGCUUCUGUUUUGCUGCCUCUGCAGCCAGGACAGGAGCCAAAUCCUGGCUUUUCUGAGGCCAGCAGAGCAUCUGACAAUAAUUGGAGAAACUUGCAUCUUCCUCAGUAUUGAUUCCUUUCUCAAAAGUAUUCACUGCUGGAUUUUAGUGAAUUAUUGGUGUGUGGAUGUACACGGCAGGUUCUUGUAAGUAUUCAUUUGAAGUGGUGUGGUGUGGUUUUCCUGACAUGCAGGUCAGGUGCUUCUGCCUGGCCAGGCAAGUAUUACUCUUGGAGCCGGAUUACAGUGCAAAUAUUCGUGUCUUGCAAACUCCGAGUCUGCUGAGACUUCUGUUUUUUGAUAGGAGCAGUUGCUCAUUGGAAUUUCCACAGAGGAAGAACGUGAAGGAGGGAUAUUACCCUGCUGUUCCCUUUUGCAACAUUGGGAAAGUUUCAGGAAGGAAAGUCAGAGGAGGAUCCAGCCAGUUCCACCACAGGGCUGUGCAGGGCAGAGAUGGAGGAGGUGAGGUGCCUCAGUGCAUCUUCUGCUGCCCCAACGCAGAGCCAGAUGCAACACAUAGGUUUCAGCAAGUGAGAAUCUGAGCACAAAACUGUAACAGAGUGUAGCCCAAGGAACUCUUCAGGGCUGUUUACACGGGAGAGAUGGGAAGAAAACAGAAACCACUGAUGCCUUCUGCGGUUAUUUCAGUGAACUAAGCCAAGCUUGCAUGUGAGGUCAGAAGAUACUUCUUACUGUGCAGUGUCUGCAGACAGGACAAGAACAGUUCCUUAUUUUCAGUCUCACAUUCCCUGUGCAAACAGACCUGCCUUUUGGGUUGACGUGGGACUCUGCAUUAAGAGGUGCAGGACUGAACCUGGAAUGUUUAACUGCAAAGCAGUGCGUGAGCAUCACCUGUUGUGUGCUGAGCUGUGGGCUCUUUUCAGCCUGCUUCACCCAAGACAAAACGUUUCUGAUUUUUAGCUAAGCCCUUGGUUUCUGUAGGAGGUAGCAUCUGUCUGUAAGACAGCCAGCUCACAGCAAUGUUACUCAAAACAUAUCUUCUGUUUCCUAGUAGGGGAAAAAAAAAGCUGGUAGGGAAUUUUUCCUCUCCAGGCUAUUUUUCUAUUGGCUUUUCUCUUCCCAAAUCUUCUAGUGUGCCCCUAUGGCAUCAGGAAGAAUUCAGCUUUGGCAAAAGGGUGGUGGGAUUUUAUGCCAAGUUGUGUAGAGUGGAAAAGCAAUGGGUGCUCCUGGAUACACGUGUGUGCAGGACUGGCUCAAGGCUCUCCCUUCCUGUAGGCAUCAAGAGGAGGAGAAACACUGAGAGAACAUCAGGCACUUUACCCUGUACUUUUGCUGAAAACUGAAGUCCUUGCAACCCCAAAGGCUGCAGGUGCUGGAGCCCCAUGGCUGUGAGAUACCUUCGUUGUAAAACAAAAUUGCUAUGCUGAGUCCAUGCACUUACCUGAGUGUGUGUGUAGUCAGAUGUGUUGGUGUUGCCUUCCUUCUGGUUUUUGCACUUGUUAACGCAGCAGUGCUAGGUGGGUCGUGCCGUCAGGAGAGCUGUGUGUUUCAAGUAGUAGCAGCUUUGCAAAACCAAAUGUGUAAAACUCCUUUGAAGAUGCUGUGCCGCUUAAUAUAUGCCUUGUGAAAUAAUUUUAUUUUUCCUCUAAAGUUAAUUUAAAGGUCGUAAGGAAAGGCCGGGCCUGCGUGUGGCUGUGGCUGGCUGCAGGUGGGCACCUCCCAACCCCACGCAUGCCAGCGCUGCCCAGCUGGGACUGGGCCAGGAGGAUGGCAAAGCGAGGGGAUAGCAGGAAAAUGACAGUAAAUGUGCCAUCAUUUUGCUCCAAGAAAUAAGGAUACCCAGCUGCUUGGGAGUCCCACAGCACGUCAUUACUGGCUGUAUUAUUUCUUUGGAUGGAACUGCUUAAUGACUUCUGUAGAGGCAGGCAGCUGGGCGUGCCAUCAAAGGUGUGCUCACAGCCAGUGCUGCCCCGCAGACCAACCAUGAAUAGUUUGCAUGGAGCACUGCUGCCUUCCUGCUGGGUUUCCCAGCUCCUGGAACUGAAUGGUGGUUUGGGAAAUGGUGCUGUAGCCGUUCCAGGCAAUGUUGGGAACUCGUUGUAAAAUACUGUCAUUCUUUUAUUGUUGUUGGUUGUAUAGAGGAGUUGGUGUACAGUGUUGUACAGCUGGAGGGUCGUUUGUACAUAGGUGGGUAAACGAGCAGCAUUACGUGUCACCCACAGCAAAUAUAGAUACUGUUGGUCAGCCAAAGAUUUCCAAUUCUUUGCUGUUUAAACUCGUGCCUUAAUAUUGUAUAUAAUAAAUGUAUAAACGUGUUUCUUUC